ACUUUUAGAGAGUUUUUAAGCAUUAGUUACAAGCCUAAUUUUUAGUAUAACAGUUUUUACAAAAUAAUUGUGAGAAGAAAGACAAUGCCGAAGAAAGUUGAUGUCUCAAAAACACCUGAAGAACACUUGAAAGAAAAGGAGAUGAUAAUAAACGAAUAUAUUUUAAAUUCCUCUGAAACAGUGGACACUAUCUUUCAUAUGCUCUGCGAAUGUAUUGCAUUAAGUCGGAUGAUAUACGGAAUAAAAGACUGGCAUAAUGCUCAAUAUCAAUGCUGUCUCGGCUAUUUUUAUAUCACGUAUAGGGGUCAAAAAUAUGCAUUACAAGCUGAGAGUCAUGCCGAAAUUGCUAUCAAGUUGAUAUCAUAUCUAUUCAGUUCAACUAGCGAACCAAUGAAUGAACAAUCAAUAGAUCAUCAUAAUAAUAAUUUGAUUAUCCUAUGCAUAAUUUUACUGAGCUGUUAUACAUUAGCAAAAUCUAAAUCAAUUCAAAACAAAAAGAAAGAAGCACUAAAUUUCAUGAAACAAUCGGUAAAAGCAUUCAGUGAUGUUGAAAAACAGCUUGGUUUGAUUCGAAACAAUGAUUAUUCCAGUGAGAAUUUAGAACAAGAAGAAAACAUUAUGGAGGGUUACUAUCAACAAUGGAGUCAUUGUACUUUACUACGGCUAGACAAAAGUUUUUUCCCAGAUUUAUAUGAUAUGAAAUUACGUAUUUACUGUUUGUACGGGAAGGUCGCAUUUGAAAAUAAGAAGUUCAUUUUGGCUCGUGAACAUUACUCAAAGGCAUUGAAACUCAUAGAAGAGAAGUAUGACUCUGAAAGCAAAGAGACAGUACCAAUUUAUCAAGUUCUUGGUCGAAUUGAAGAAUGCAAAACUGGUGAUCAAGAUAUCGAAAACGCUGUAGCCCAUUUUGAUAAAGCGUACGAAAUUUCUAGAAAGAUCUACGAUAAAGAAAAUGAUAGGAAAAGUUUGGUUGAAUUAAUGCGUUCAGUUUAUGUGUUCUCUUCAACCUGCUUAAAAUUCAACUUGAAAAUGGAUAAAGUCGAACAACUACUCGGUGAAACUUUACAAAUGCUGGCUACAUUUUCUGGAGGAAAUAUACAACUGUCCAACGACUGCUCAGGUGAUAAAAAAUCCAUAGAACUUUCUGAUCCAUUGAAUAAAACAAAUAGCUCACAUGAUAAAAGUUAUGAGGAGAAUGAUGGUUCAAUGGACCAGUGUCCUAACUCUCAAAAUGGCCAUUCAAAUGAACAUAUGAUCAAACUAACAUGCUCUCUUCGUUCAUUACUGGUGAGAAUUUAUAUCAAGUUAAAUCGUCUACAAGAGGCUCUAUAUCUACUUCAAGAAAAUUUAAAUAUUCAAGAAGAUACUUAUGGUAUGUACAAUAAGCAGGUUAUCAGAACACGUCAGUUGAUUUUAUCAAUUUACAUGGUUCAAGGAAAUUUCACUGAAGCAGUUAGUCAAGCAGAAAUGUGCCUCAGUCUUGAACAGUUUACAUUUGGUGCUAAAUCAAAACGAGUAAAUAAAACUAAAGAAAUUGUAGAAGCAUUAUCAAGUUAUAAGAAAAGUGGUAAUAACCCCGGUGUAAUUCAUUAAAAUGAAACAAAUUGAUGGGAAAAUGAUGAAUAAGGGAGCUUAUCGAUUUACAUUUUUUGUUGUAAACCAUGUUUGUACAUGCACGUAAUUCUUAUUCAAAUGUAAGAUUAUACAGGUUUACUAUUGACAAAUAUUGAGCCAAGAGCAAUGUUAAACUCAGAAACUUAGUAAAUUUGAUUCAACUUGUAAACAAUACAAAAGUGAAUACGCUAUUUUAAUCUAUAUUUUGUUAGCCUAUCGUUUGUAACUGUUUAGGAUAUUUUGUUGUAAUAAUUAUCCUUGACAAGCUAUUCGUAUCAUUGGUUUCUCAUCAGAAAAAA